CGUCACAGUGACCGCCUGGCUGCCAGAUCAGGCUGCAGCACUUCACAGUCACUGUAACAGCUCGGUCAGGUGGCUGCUGCUUGGUCUUCAUCCCCGCGGACUGACUGUGCAGUGAUGGUCGAGUGUUGACGAGGAUUAAAGAGUGGGGUCCAACUGGCUGAUGCUGAACACCUGCACGUGGCAAAGGACUGCCUUGUUUUCCUUUUCUCGACCUGCAGCCAGCAGCAGCAGCAUCUUCGCUCCGCCUGUCAAGCCCCAGAAAGCGAACGAUGAGCUCUUCUUUGCCCAAAAGCGAGUCCACUACUUCUCUGCUGAAAUCAACGGGGCUCAAUCGCAGGUCUGCGCACUCGAGUAGCGGUCCACACAAUCCCCGGAACCUCCGCGCUCAACAUCAUGCCACCGGGGCUAGAGGCAGCGAUGAGGCAGGCUGGACGGACGACUGCGAAACGAGUGUGCGCAGACCUCUAUGUCAACCAAGACAUGCUGACCCUCGAAAUGUAGGCGAUCAUCGGAUGCAGAAGAGCCACUCUCACCAGCAGCCGAGCCUCCAGGAUGAUAGUUACGCUCAGGAGGAUGUAAGACACGGGACGAGUCGGCACCAGAAAGAGCGCAGCAAGUCCACCAGGUCCAAACACUCCCAUCAUCAUCACCACGGCUCCUCCCGAGGUGAGCUGCCUCCUGCAGCGCAUCACCAGAGCGGCUCCCUGCAAGACAGGAAGAUGUCUCCAACUCCAUCUUAUCCCAAACAACCGGACGAUGCGGCUUUCUUCUUCGAGCCCAAGGAGAGGGUCAUCACCGGGUCAUCCUCCAGCCUCAGCUCUGACCCACCUGCGACCGGCGUACCUGUCAAGCCCGCAUCCAGCCGAACAUCCAAAAGACCGACCGCAGCUGAGUGUGACUCUAGUCUCCAUCCGAUUGUGAAGUCAGUCUUUGGGCAGGACCAGAAGAAGAACUACAAAGCAGUGCAGUGUGAGGAGGGGGGCUCUGGGGGGGCCUAUCUUGAGCCACUAGUGGCCCUGGCCCAGAACGGAGCCACCAUGCACAACGUACUGGGGCCUGCAUGCAUCUUUCUACGCAAGGGCUUCGCUGAAAACCGGCAGGCUGACCGAGAGCUGAGGCCCGAAGAAAUGGAUGAGUUGCGUGAGGCAUUCAAGGAGUUUGACAAAGACAAAGAUGGAUUCAUUGGCUGUAAAGACCUGGGGAACUGCAUGAGAACGAUGGGCUACAUGCCAACAGAGAUGGAGCUAAUAGAACUGAGCCAACAGAUCAACAUGAAUUUGGGAGGACAUGUUGACUUUGAGGACUUUGUUGAACUCAUGGGGCCCAAACUUCUGGCUGAAACUGCAGACAUGAUUGGGGUGAAAGAACUGAGGGAUGCAUUCAAGGAGUUUGAUACUAAUGGUGAUGGCCAGAUCAGCACAGCAGAACUUAGAGAAGCAAUGAAAAAACUUUUGGGACAACAGGUGGGACACAGAGACCUGGAGGACAUCCUACGAGACAUUGACCUUAACGGAGAUGGACAUGUAGACUUUGAAGAGUUUGUGCGGAUGAUGUCUCGAUGAGUUCCCGGCAGAGAGUCGACAUGUUAAAACAUGGCAGUGAUUCUCUGUUGGUAUGGGAGGAAAAGGAGAGAGACCAGCACAGAGUCCCGAUGGAGCUUGAAUUUCGGGACUGUCCAUGAACAAGGAAACAAACAUAUCAAACCUGCCCUGAAACUGCCACGCUGAAGCACAAAGGCUGAGGACUACAGCCAGGAGCAACACUGUUAAUUUAUAUGCUGCUGCUGUUUCUUAGAACAUAAACAAAACCAACAGUUGCAUUUAUGACUAUUACAAAGUAUACUUUAAAAAAGCACAUUUUCCUUUAGUGAUAACAGCAUUUCUAAUGGGUAAUGGGAUGUUUGAGUUAGACUGUAGCAAUUAAAAAUGCAUAUUUUCAACUACAGCAUUAUACAAGCAGACACCCAAACCAAUACAGCACAUUCCUCUUUAAAGCCAAGGACAUCUUAAGCACAACUGUAAUAUGGCAAUAUGGAAAUAAUUUAUGUGAUUCUGUGUGUGUUUGUUUUGUGCAUACUGUUGUUUCUCUCAACGCCAUACUGUUUAGUAUGUCUCUUAAGACUACCCUAGUUAAGGCAAGCAAACAUUUGUUUGGUAAUUAUGUGUUUUGUAGCACUUUUGCAGUUCUUCUGACUCUAAUAACAAUAUGCCUAUCUUACUGUGAUAUAUUUGUAUAUAUAUAUAUGAGAUUUUAGUGUGCAUCGGAAUCCUUUAACUGCAAACAUUCCUGAAGGAAUUUCUUUUCAGUGAAUCUUGACUACUGCAAUAGGCCUUUUUAAUUACAGUGUGUUUUAUGAAUUCUGAAUAUUACUCUGCAUGAAUAUACAGAGUUUGACAGAUUAUCUACAGUAUACCUUUAACAGAGCGGUAAAACAUGAAAGAGCAAUUCUGUUCAUGCUCUCGUUUUUAUCAGAGAGUUUAGAUAAAUGUACUUGUUUGUUGGGGUUUUGUGAGUUUACCAAGUCCAUGGAACAGUUCUGAAGUGAUUUUCACUUUGGUGCAAUAUUUACAUUUUUAACUUUAAUACCUCAAGAUGACUUGAACAAUCAACCUCAUCUAUGAACUGCCUGCUCUAAUACCAAUUUAUUAACCCUCUUAUCUUCAUUAUAUAUAUUUCUAUAGAAGCAGCAUUUGCUUUUUUAUGGGAAAAAAAGCCAAAGAAAGUUUACAAGAAUAUUAUUUGAGUCUUAUUCAGUGUAAUAAGUGUAUGCAGUGUUUUUCAGAAAUAUGAUCCAUUGGAUUAUAUUUUUUUAAAUGGCUGCUUGCAAUGCCCUUUGUGGUUCCCGUGGCUGUUAAAUUAUUGGUUGACUGUUUAUAAAUGGAGGGGGGUAUUUGCAUGGAUAAGAAAAAAGAAAUCUUACUUUGUGAUUUUACUUGUCUUAAGUGUGUGAAACUAUGCAUGCAAGAAACAACUGACAUUUGUAGCAGAAUAU